UCCUACAUUAAUGGCAGCGUCCAUAGUUCUUUGAUCUACCGGUUUUAUUUAAGGCUUACGUGGACAAACGAAAUGGAAGUCCCAUUAUAUUUGCUUGGUGUGUUGCUCUUGUGUGUCCUACCCAGCAAUGCCAAACAGAAACCAAUCAACAUUGCUUUGUCAGCCAAGUGGAACUCUACUUCCUUACUACUUGAAACAAGCGAGUUCUUGGCCAAAGAGUCAAAUGAAAAGUUUUGGGAAUUCACUGAAAAAAUAUCAGAACAAGAACCAUCCUUUUUUCAGACUGCUACUGAUGAAAUCAAGUACAAAUUGGCUCAGAAAUUUGCAGCAGAGCUCCUGUCACCAUUGCAGCUUAGUUUUCUCAAAUUCUCCUUGUCCCUGCGUGCGUUCUCACCAGCAGUUCAGAUGUUUCAGCAGCUGGCUGAACAACAGAAUGUAAACAAAAACUGUCAGACAGCUGUUGAUGUCAAUGGUAAAUUUUCCUGUGCACCGAGUGACCUUCCAGAUCUUCUGGCUACAGCCUCUUCCAGGGCCCCCUCUGUCCUGUACAAGUUUGACCAUGUGUACCCCGGCCCAGGCAAUAAGAAGGCUGUAGUUGUCCUGUACACAGAAAUGGGUUCCAGUGGGUUCAAGGCCUUUCAUCUAGCGCUAGUAGAGUUGGCCAAGAAAGGGGAGGUCACCUACUGCUUGAGACACUUUGUUAAGGAUCCGAACCCCACCAAACUGCAGCUCUCUGGGUAUGGCGUGGAGCUGGCACUCAAAAGUACUGAGUACAAGGCCAAAGAUGAUACUAAAGUUGAAGGUGACAGGUCUGGGUCUUCAAGUGAUGAUGAUACUGACACAGGCGAGAUUGAUGGAAUUGUCUUUUCUAAGCUCAAUGACCUUCACCCUGAACUCAAGUCCCAGCUGAGAGAGUUCAAGAACCAUCUGAUGGACUCGGCCACAGAGCUGACCCCAUUUAAAGUCUGGCAGCUACAAGACCUGAGCUACCAAGCUGGUCAGAAAAUUGUCUCAGCAUCAGGACUGGACUGUUUACAAUACCUGAGGGACAUCAGUCAAAACUUCCCCACCCAGGCCAGAUCCCUGGUUAGAACAACUGUGACGAAUGAAUUUAAAAAAGAGGUCAAGCUCAACCAAGAGCAAUUUGAGUACCGUGGUGUUGGGGCUGGUGAUUCUCUCAUGUACCUCAACGGCCUGACAGUGGACCUGGAGGUGUAUGACAUCUUCACCCUGCUGGACCUCAUGGCCUCGGAGGCCAAGCUUGUAGAGGGGCUUCAUUCCCUGGGCUUCAAGGGAGAAGACCUACAGAAAUUUCUGCAACUUGAUUUGUCCAGUGGGGAGGAGGAGAAAUAUGCCAUUGAUAUCAGGCAUCCAGCCAUUCAGUAUGUAAAUGACCUUGCGACUGAGAAAAAGUACCAAAACUGGCCCAGUUCUGUACAAGACCUUUUGCGACCUACUUUCCCAGGGAUGUUAAGACACAUUGCAAAAAAUCUGUUUCACUUGGUGUUUGUGGUCAACCCUGUGGACACCAAGUCCAGGAACCUGAUUAAAAUGGCUGAAGCUUUCUAUGUGCACAAGGCACCACUCAGGCUUGGUCUUGCCUUUGUCGUCAACUCUAAAGCAACAGGCUAUGAGGAUCCUGGUGUUGCUAUGAUACGAGCCUACACAUACAUUGCUAAUAUUGCCAACAUGCAGGAUGUUGCUAAAGGCUUGUCAUUUAUCACAGAUGUGUACGAGAAAGUGGGGAACGCGGAGCUGACGAGUGAGACUAUCAUUGCAGAGUUUGCCCUUCAGUACCCAUCAGAAAAUAAAGAUGUCAUAUUUGGAGAGAGCGAUAAAUUCAACGAAGUUAGAAAGUUAAGUGAAGAAUUCAUUCAUCAAAAUGGCUUGAGUGACUUCCCUCAAGUUCUGGUGAAUGGUGUGCCCCUGGACAAAGGUCAGCUGGAAGAUUCCUUUGAAGAGGCCGUGGUCAUGGAGGUUCUCAAGCAGACCCAGGUGCUCCAGGGGGCUGUUUAUAAGGGUGAGGUCAGUGACAGCACUGAUGUGUUGGAGUGGUGGAUGGAGCGCGACAACGUCCUGCCACGCCUCAAUUCUAGAAUUCUGACCCCUGCUACUCUACGCCUUGACCUUACAGGGACUGCAGAGAGCAGCGUGGCCAAGAUUCCAGCAGUGGCAGCAGAGCUUAGCACCAGAGAUCUGACGUCUGCCAUCGUUAACAGUCUCAGCUAUCUGACCAAGAAAGAUGAAGAGACACUGAGACCAGUGACCAUCAUCGUCAUUUGUGACGUUGAGACAAGUGUGGGCAGGUCUUUGCUCUACAGCGCCAUCAAACAUCUGAAAAGUUCCAACAACCUGCGUCUGGGCAUCAUCUCCAACCCCCAGAAUGUGAACGGAGACAACAAGGUCACCAAGGCCGUCCAGGUGGCCCUGGAGACCUUGACCCCUCCCAUGGCCAAGAGCCUGAUCACCAAGCUGGUCAAGGAGGAGAACAUCCAGGACCUGCUCUCAGAGAGGAAAACUUUACAGGAUUUUCAGGUGCAUGGCAUGGAUAUGGAAGCCUACAUCAGAGCACUGAAUGCUGCCACUUCAGAGAAGCUUCUAGUCCAUCAAAUGUUUGCCUCCAAGGUUCUAUCACUGCUGCCUGGUCAACAGGGCAUCGUCUCCAAUGGAGGGUUUGUGGGCCCACUGAGUCCAGAGGAAGAGCUGACAGUGGAAGACUUUAACCUGCUAGAGAAGCUGGCCUACUCACAAGGGGGACACAAAGUUUCUCAAGUUGUCCUCAAUGUGGAGAGGGACCCCCGAAGGGCCAGUGAUUUAACCAUGAAAGCUUCGAACUUACUGAGUUCAAAAACCAAGAAAGACAAAAGACAGAAGAUCACAUUUGCUGGGAAUCAGCACAGUGUGAUCAAGCUACCAGCAGACGCCAACAUCCCAGCGUUCACAGUGGAAGCCAUAGUUGAUCCAGUCUCCACACAUGCCCAGAAGAUGUCUGCCAUUUUGAUGGUACUGAAGCAGAUAGCCAAUGUUGAGAUCACAAUCUUCAUGAACCCCAGGGAGAAGUUAUCUGAGAUGCCACUUAAAAGCUUCUACCGCUAUGUGUUGGAACCAGAAGUGACCUUUGACCCUGAAGGUGCCCUGACCCAUGCUCCAGUGGCCAGAUUUCUUGACAUGCCACAGAAAUCACUUCUAACUUUAAAUAUGGACACCCCAGAAAGUUGGCUGGUAGAGGCUGUCACCUCGCCUUAUGAUUUAGAUAACAUCUUAUUGGAGGAGGUUGAGAGAAAUGUGAAUGCUCAGUUUGAGUUGGAAUAUAUUCUACUAGAGGGCCACUGCCAUGACUCCAGCACCAUGCAACCCCCCAGGGGCCUGCAGUUUGUACUGGGCACCAACAAAAUACCAGCCAUGGUUGACACCAUCGUCAUGGCCAACCUGGGCUACUUUCAACUGAAGGCGUACCCUGGACUUUGGAACCUGAAACUAAGAGAGGGGAGGUCUGAGGAGAUUUAUAAAAUAGACAGCCAUGAGUUCACUGAUUCACCUGACAACCUUACUGAUGUUAUUGUGGCCAUCAACAGCUUUAAGAGUAAAAUCAUUAGGGUCAAGGUGUCCAAAAAACCUGAAAAGUCUGACGUCAACCUUCUCCAAGAUGAUGAUGAUGACAGUGGUCUAUGGAGCUCUAUAUCAAGCACCAUCACAGGCAGCAGCAGCAAGAAAGAGGAGGAGAAGGACAGCACACUCAACAUCUUCUCUGUGGCCUCAGGUCACCUGUAUGAGAGAUUCUUAAGAAUAAUGAUGCUGAGUGUCCUAAAGAACACCAAGUCUAAAGUCAAGUUUUGGUUUCUCAAGAAUUAUCUCUCCCCAACCUUCAAGGACUUUAUCCCAUACAUGGCCCAGGAGUACGGCUUUGAGUACGAGCUGGUCCAGUACAAGUGGCCAAGAUGGCUCAACCAACAGAAGGAAAAACAGAGAAUCAUCUGGGGCUACAAAAUUCUCUUCUUGGAUGUUCUCUUCCCUCUCGACGUGAAGAAAAUUAUUUUUGUUGAUGCUGAUCAAAUUGUCAGGUCUGACCUUCAGGAGCUGUAUGACCUUGACCUUGGUGGGGCUCCAUAUGGUUACACACCCUUUUGUGACAGCAGGAAAGAAAUGGAUGGUUUUAGGUUCUGGAACUCUGGUUACUGGAGCAGCCAUCUUGCAGGCAGGAAGUACCACAUCAGUGCCUUGUACGUUGUGGACCUGAAGAAGUUCCGGCGCAUCGCUGCAGGUGACCGGCUGCGUGGUCAGUACCAGGGUCUGAGCCAGGACCCCAACAGUCUGGCCAACUUGGACCAGGACCUGCCCAACAACAUGAUCCACCAGGUGGCCAUCAAAUCCCUGCCCCAGGAGUGGCUCUACUGCGAGACCUGGUGCAGUGAGACGGAGAAACCCAGGGCCAAGACUAUAGACCUGUGUAACAACCCCUUGACCAAAGAGCCCAAGCUUCAGGCUGCCAUGCGCAUCGUGCCAGAAUGGAAAGACUACGACUAUGAGAUCAAAGUCCUGUGGGAUGAGAUCUACCAGACCAACACCAAGUCUCAGGUGGAGUACGACCCUCCCCAACUGGCCAGCAGGAAAGAGAAAAAGCCAGACAAGAUAGAGCUUUGAUGUAGCUGUUGUUAGAUGUUGGUCUGCCAGAUGGAGUGUGGUAUGGAACCAAGUAUUUAUUUUUCUUGUGUUUACAUUUUACCUUCAUUGUUGUGUAAACACCAUUUAUGAAUUGUCUUCAUAUUGUUUGAAUUGUACUCAUUCUUAAAAUGUACUGUACCAUUCUUGAAUUGUACAUCCUUCAUAAACCUUGCAAAUGUUAGAUAUGUGUGAGAUUGUGUGUUUGGCACACAUGAUGAAAGACAUUUUGAUGAGAGAAGUUUGGAAUUUUGUUGAUCAUGUGAGUAGAUUGAUUUGGUGUGGUUGGUUUGAUGUGGUUGGUUUGAUGUGGUUGGUUUGAUGAGAGUAGGGAUACACAUUUUGUGUGUGGGUUUUUAUUAUUCAUUCCAAGGUAAGAGAGGUUGUACAUCAGUACGAUGUGAUUUUGUUACCAUGAAUUACAUCAAUAUGAUGUAAUUUUGUUACCAUGAAUUCCGUUUCUAUUUACAAUGUGUCAAGCCAAAAAACUGAAAUCUCUGGACAAACAAGUGUGACAGCUGACAGGAGCUUGAUACAUGGCAAAAAUAUUGUCUUGUGUGUCACAUAGACAGUGUCAAUGCACCAUGUUUAGACAUGCAGGGUUGGUGGUGUCUUUGUGCCUUUCAUGUCUGACAACCACCUGACAGACAACCACCUGACAGACAACCACCUAAUCCUUCACAGGGCUGUCACACCAAGACUAGAAUUUUGGUCAAUUGGUUUCUUUUUUUUUUUAAAUUUUAACUUUGAACUCUGUCAAUAAUGGUUCCAAUUUUUUUUUUUUUCUUGACAUUCAAAUCUUUUGAAAUUAUUUCUUUCUUUCCCUUUUGGUUUGAUUGUCUUUGUUUGUCUGACUAGCUGUCAACUGAAUACUCUUGAACUAAUUUAUGUUUUCAUUGUUUUAGUUAAUACAUAACAAAACUCAGUUGAAGCAAUAUGUUUGACCUUUGAUACCUUUGACUAGUACCCCCACACUUAUGGUGUCAAACCUGACGUUGUACAGACAAAAAACUGACAAUCUUUUAUGAAGCAAAGUUGAUUUGUUUUGUUGACUCUCAUGGCUGUGGUACAUGUGGACUACAGGACAUGUAACCUGCCAUACUGUAUGAUACUUAUAGGACAUGUGGACUACAGGACAUGUAGCCUGCCAUACUGUAUGAUACUUAUAGGACAUAGGACAUGUGGACUACAGGACAUGUAGCCUGCCAUACUGUAUGAUACUUAUAGCCCAUAGGACAAAAGAAAGCCUACAGGACAUGUAGGUCCUACCCCACAGGACUUCUAGCCCACAUUAUAUAUAGCCACAGGACUUUAGACCACAGACUUUAUAAAAUGAUUUUAUCUAACGUACUUUAUAUUCUCUACUCUCUCCCCCCCCCCCCCCCCCCAAACAUCUGAGCAUAAUGCAGAUAGUAUAGGGGGCUGUAGACAGGUUUACAUUAUCUAAUGGAGACUGUCUGUGAUGAUCUGUGGAUUCACUUUUACUGCCGUUGUUUGUUAUCCAAAGUUAUUGCACAUUUUUUCUGGCUAAUAAAAAAUAAAUUAUU